CUCUGAAUAUUUUUCCGGUUUUCAAUAUAUAACAGGUCUUCACUAACAACUCACUUAUUUGGGAUACUAAGUUCGCAGGUUCUGGUUGAUCGACAUAAUAAUAUCAAGAAUGGGAGUACCAGCUUUUUUUCGCUGGCUAAGCAAAAAAUAUCCAUGUGUUAUUAUAGAAUGUAAUGAAAAUAAGCAAACAGAUGCGGAAACGGGCAAGACUAUUUACGAGGAUUCUACUUUACCUAAUCCAAAUGGCGUGGAGUUUGAUAAUUUAUACCUAGAUAUGAAUGGCAUAAUACAUCCUUGCACGCACCCUGAAGACAAGCCAGCUCCUAAAAAUGAAGAAGAAAUGAUGGUGGCUAUAUUUGAAUGCAUUGACCGACUUUUUGGUAUUGUACGACCAAGAAAAUUAUUAUAUAUGGCCAUCGAUGGAGUAGCACCCAGAGCUAAAAUGAAUCAACAGAGAUCCCGAAGAUUUCGAGCUGCAAAAGAAACCAUUGAAAAGCGAAUAGAAAUUGAACGCAUUCGAAAUGAACUGUUGACACGAGGCUGCAAACUUCCGCCGGAAAAAGAAAAAGGCGAGCACUUUGACUCAAACUGCAUAACUCCAGGAACACCUUUUAUGGAUCGAUUAAGUAAAUGCUUACACUAUUAUAUACAUCAUCGACUGAAUAACAAUCCAGCAUGGAAAGGAAUACAAGUUAUUUUAUCCGACGCAAACGUUCCCGGCGAAGGAGAACACAAAAUUAUGGACUAUAUUCGGAAGCAACGUGCACAGCCUGAUCAUGAUCCGAAUACCCAUCAUGUUCUUUGUGGAGCUGAUGCAGAUCUUAUAAUGCUAGGGCUCGCAACACACGAGCCAAACUUUACUAUAAUUCGCGAGGAAUUUCUUCCAAAUAAGCCACGACCUUGUGACAUUUGUAAUCAAUUUGGCCACGAAAUGGACAAAUGUGUUGGCCUGAAUGCAGUUAGCUCAACUAAUAGCAACUUUGCACCAGAUAUUCCCAUUGGAGCAGAAGUGAAAUUUAUAUUUGUUCGAUUAAGUGUGCUAAGAGAAUAUCUUAAAAAAACAUUGCAAAUGCCCAAUUUGCCAUUCAGUUAUGAUUUUGAGAGAGUGCUAGAUGACUGGGUGUUCAUGUGUUUUUUUGUUGGAAAUGAUUUUCUACCUCAUUUACCAAGCUUAGAAAUUCGUGAAGGAGCAGUUGAUCGACUGGUUGAGUUGUAUAAAAAAUGUGUUUAUAAGACUAAAGGAUAUUUGACGGAUUCAGGUGAAGUUAAUUUGGAUAGAGUUCAAUUAAUCAUGACAGACUUAGGAAAUGUUGAGGAUCAAAUAUUCAAGGAUAGACAACGCAGAGAGUUGCAAUACAAGGCCAGGCAGAAAAGGGAGAAUAAUAACUUUAAACAGUUGGAACAAUCUGUCUUUGGACCGUCGGCUGUUGGACCAAGCGCUAAAGCUCAAAUUAUCACAAACUAUAAACAGGAAGCUGCUUCUGUAAGAAUGGGGUCAAAGCGUUCUAGUACAGCAGCAAAUUUAGAUGAUGAUGAAGAAAACAAUGAUGAAGUGCGAUUAUGGGAAGAUGGCUUUAAAGACAGAUAUUACGAGUCCAAAUUUGAUGUAUCGCCUGAUAAUCUUCAAUUUCGUUAUGCUGUUGCACUGCAAUACGUUAGGGGACUUUGUUGGGUUUUAAAAUAUUAUUAUCAAGGCUGUGCUUCCUGGAAUUGGUAUUUUCCUUACCAUUAUGCUCCAUUCGCUUCGGAUUUUGUAAAUAUACAAGGACUAUCCACUAUAUUCGAAAAGGGAACAAAGCCGUUUAAUCCCUUGGAACAGCUUAUGGGUGUUUUUCCAGCGGCCAGCAGUUCCCAUGUUCCAGAACCGUGGGCAGAGCUAAUGUCUAGACCUGACUCAACAAUUAUUGACUUUUAUCCCGAGGAUUUUAAAAUCGAUCUGAAUGGAAAAAAGUUUGCGUGGCAAGGAGUAGCUUUACUACCAUUUGUUGAUGAGAACAGGCUAUUUAAAGCACUUAUACCUCUUCAUAGCCAUUUAACUGACGAAGAAAUCAAGCGUAAUAAAAGAGGAGAAAAUAAUUUAUACAUUAGUAAAUUCAGUCCACAUUAUGAAACGGUUCAGAAACUGUAUAAAAAAGGCGAAAAAUCCCAAUUUAACUGUUCUAUAUCAUUUAAUGGAAUGUGCGGAACUAUAUCUAUAUCUGAGAUAAAUACAGCUUUAAACGGUUUUGUGAAAUCUCCAAUUCCUGGUUUACCCGAUAUAAUUAAAAAUGAAGUUACAACUACUGUGUACAAGGAUCCGGAAUAUGAUGAGAACUUUACAUUUUUAGCAAGAAGGCUUCCAAACGCUGUGGACCCUCCUCAAGUCAUACAAUCGGAUAAUAACACAAAUGGACCUAUCAUAGGUUUUGAAAAACAUGCGCAAAGGGCUUAUAUUCCCCCUGGCGGACAUCGAUUAGUAUCAUCCACUAUAAGAAAUCAAAGAAUCGACAAUGGACAAAGCAUGUCUUACCAAAGUAAUGGAAGAAAUUGUGUAAAUUAUAAUUAUCCAAUGCAAGGUUAUAAUACAAAUCAGCAGAGAUCAUACGAACAAAGGUAUAACGAUUCGAAUUAUCAACAUCGUUAUAAUAAUAACAAUAAUGGAUCAAGGCAUCCUUAUAACCGACCACCGCAUAGAGGAAAUCAUCAACAGCACUCAAAUUAUAGACGAUUCUAAUUUUACUUUAAGUUUUCAAUCGUUUUAAUAUUUAAAAAAAAAUAUGUAUGAAUGUGCAGCUUGUCCACAUGUAUUUGUUUAAUAGAGCCACCAAAAGUUUGUUCUAAUGAAAUAAUAUUCACGUUGAAAUUUGCCUUUCAAACAUAUGUAAUAAACUUG